AUGUCAAAUAGUUGUCCCAGUAACUCUAUAUUUAUGACAACAAAACAAAUAGCUUCUUCUUUGUCUCAACUAAACACUUAUCUAGCUAGCCCACAAAUGAUCACCAACACGCCUCCCACCAAGCAGGACCCCUUUCUGGCUCUCAAGGAGGCCUGCGAGGACAAUCCGCGUCUCCGUCCCGUCUCGGCUGUCAUUUGUGACGCGGCCGAAGACCUCGCCUUCCGAGCAGGUGUCAUCACCUUGUUCAACGAGCUCAAGAUGCGUGAGCAGGAGGUGGAGGAACUGACUAACGAGCUCCAACGGAUGCAGAAGCUCAAUAGCGAGCUCCACAACAUGAACGAACAGCUUCAGAGAGCAAAGACCCUCAUCUCUGCAUCGCUCAAACGCCACAUUGCCAACCAGAGAGCUGCCAACGAAUCCAGACUCGAGCCUCUCCAGGACCUGUUUGACUACGCCGCAGGAGACUCCGCGGAGAUCGAUUUCGACGUUGAAUGA